UCUCCGCCCCCGCUCGUCCCGUUAAAUUCCUCCUGCUUGGCAUCAGGUUCCCGGGGGAAAGGGCGGAGAAUUGGCCGCUAACUCUGUAACAUAAGUAACAAACAGUGAGCAGACACACUAAAACUAGUUUUACCGAAACCUGAGAAGAGAAGAUAAGCGGCUCUGGUUUUAGCCUAAUUAACGCUGCGCUGGCCGGAGAACGGAAGGGCAGUGCAUGACCGGGAAUCCGGUGUUGUCGGGAUGAGGCAGGCGUCACAUGGGAGUAUAUUAGGGUGGCUGUUGCUUUGCGCGUUUACUGUGUCUUCCUGGUAGAGACAGCUUGAGGUCCGAUGGCAGCCAGGCGGACUAGAGGUAUGACCGGCGGCUCGGAUCUGAGCAGGGCCACCGUGGCCCGGGCUACUGCUAUAGCUGAGCUUCUGCGCUAUGAGUGCUCCAUUUUACUGGAACUUUAUAGAAAGAAGGAGAGUUUCACUGCAGAUGUUACGGUGACAGAAAGUCGUCUGGUGUCUGUCCCUCCUCCUUCCUCCCAACUGGAAACCAGAGAUAAGCUCUGGUGUCUCCACUCUGCUCUGCUACAGUGCCGCAGCUUUCUGGAGAGAGCCAUCACCAAAGAGGAAGAGCAGCUAGGCGGUGGGAAGAAAGGUGAUUAUGAGACCCAGAGGAAGAUGGUGAAGGAGAGAUUGUCGCUUCUCUUAAUCAACACUGGAGAACUCCUCAAAACUGCUGGUGGCGUGAUGAUCCUGACUCCCAGCUCGGAGGGCUUGGAGUUAGACGGUCCGACCAUUCUGUUUGAGCUGAAGCUUUGGGUAUACCGGAUCUUCGAAGAGGUGGACUACUGGACCAAGACGGCCAUCACCACCUUGCAAGCCCUGCCCUCGGUAAUAGCUAAGGAGCGAGCGAGGACUACGCGAGUCAGGAGCACGAGAAGUGCUCGGAGAUGAGGCAGAGACGGUAGAAGUCUGUGUGUGUGGGCAAAGAGGACUAAUGAGAGAGGAAAAAAAGGUUAGGAAGAGAGAGAAAGAGGUGAGUAAAGGAAUCAGAAGAUGAAGCAAGGCGUUCAGCCAGGGGCCAAAGUGAGAAACAUGUGUGGUGUUAAAAAGAAAGAGGAAUGAAAAUAGCCAGCCGAGAGGGAGACACAGAUCCCUACUGACACAGGGAGAUGAGUGGGUUGGGUUAUUUUUAGGUCAUUAAGCCCCCUUUACAUGAACAGAGGCCGUAGACAGAGAGGGAGCAAGAUACCAUGUUUAUCAUAGCUAUUAACAUUUGUUUAACACGUUUAUUUUAAGUAUGAGUCUAAUACAACUUUAUAUGUAUUGUUUACCUUGUAAGAUGAAAUCCAACAAUGCAUCUAGAUUCAGAGUUAAUAUGCAGUUUCUUUCAUUCUUUCUUUCUUUCUUUCUUUCUUUCUUUCUUUCUUUCUUUUACAUUUUGGUAUUGAGGAAACAACAUAAUUAACAGCAACUCUAAAAGCAUGAACGUGUUUUCUCUUGCUAACAUGAAUAUCUCACAUUUAUGGUUUUCCUCAUGCGUUUUCACUCCUUUGAUACAACUUAUUGUUUAAGAUAUACUGCCAGGGUCCACUGCAGCUGACUGAGGAAGCAGUCAGCAAGGAGCACAUUUAGAUUUCAUGCCGUCACCAGACUGAAGCUCUGAUACACAGUUUUGACCAUUGUGGCUGUAAAUCAUUCCACAUAAGUUAUUAUCUGGGGAUGUUCAGUGUUUAAAGGGAAACAAAUAUGUGUAACAGCACCCUCUAGUGUUUACAUAGAUGUAUUCCUUCUUUCUUGAUUUUUCCUCAGUAAUUCUUAUGUCAAAAUAUAAUUUGUUCUUAAUGUAUUGUUGUGUUUUUAGGGCACUUUAUUAGCAAUGAAAUCAUGUCACAAGGUUUAAGAAGCAAUACGUGUGAUCCAACUGCAACAUCAAUAGUCAAAACUGAUGGGAAUGCAAAGGGGCACAUAAGCAGGGAGUGUAAACACAAUGUAAAUAGUAAAAGUCUACAAACUUGAUAAAAUAACUUUAUUUUUUGAAAA